AUGACUUCCACUUCUCCGAAAGGCUCUUACAAGCUUGUCACAGUGAACAGCGCCCCUGAGCGUGCGAAGAGGCUUAUCGGUAGAGUGGUUGGCGAACUAGCCGACAGGUACACUAUUAUUCAUGCGGCCAAUUGCGCGAGCAAAGAUGAAGUAAAAGAGACCGUGGAAAGGGUGCAGCCUGACGUUCUAUGCUGUGCCUCCAUGUGGACAGUUGAGGAAAGCACGGCGAUGCGGGAGUUGGCCAAGUCGCUGGUGCCUGGGAUCAAGACUUACGCCAUUCCUCACGGACUGCAGGUGGAUAAAGGCCCUGACGCUAUCGUGGAGCAUCUAAAGGAGGAAUUUCCUAAGCUUUUGGAGACACCCAACGAAUAG